AUGGCGAAUCCACUCACCCCGCAGUCCAUACUGCAACUGAUGGCAGAUGCUCUGCCAACGCACCCCAAAGACGAUACCACCUCCGACAUCAGUAGUGGAUACGAGCUGCCCGCCCUCCUAGCCCAUGCAUGCAUGGUAUCUCUCAAGUUCCGCCUCCUCGGCUUCGACGAGGAGAAGACGAUAGAGGAAGAAAUCCAAAGCCUCGCCCCGCGACUGCCCGCAUCGUGGAAUGCCGGCUACGGUUCUCUUCGCUUUGUAUACGCCCACAAGCAGUCCUCCAUGACCUUCAUCAUCCGGGUCAGCAAGGUCGGCGGCAAGGUCGAGAUCAGCGGUCUAGCCAUUGGUCACGACGUCAUCCACAGAUUCGAUAUCAUUACAAAAGAUCUUGUCAACAGCGCUAAGCUUCCCCUGCGUAUCACACUCACCGAGGACGGUACCGAGGACAGGAGCGACCUCGUUCAGAAACUCAAAGAUGCCUUCGUAUCCGAGUCCGCCAUCACUAUGCUUAUCGAUCAAUUCAAAACGAAUAUUGUUCAGAAACUUAUCCCAAAACUGCAAGUUGAAGGCUAUGAAGAGUCCCCCGACGACCGGGACGCCGCGGAAGGCGCACAGCGCGAAGGCCGUGCUCAGGCUGGCCGGCCUGGACAGCCAAUGCCCGGCGACCUUCCUGAUCCAGCCCGACCGUAUCCCAUCAACGACCCCCUUGCUCAGCCUCCCAGGAGACCCAUUCCCGUAGGAGAUUUCCCUCCGCCCGAUUUCGAGGACGAAUAUGAGGUCAACAGGCCGCCUAGACCUUUGGGUGUCCCGGGUCGAUCUCCCUACAACAUUGGUCACGAUGACCUGAAUCCGCCUGGUCUAGGACCCCACGACCCUCUUAGGCCUCAUUUCAUCGGUGGUGGUGGUCUACCUCGUCCAGGGGGUGGAGGCGGAAUGCACCCAACUUUCGAUGACCCCCUGUUCGGUGGCCAAGGCGGGCAGGGUGGUGGCGGGUAUGAUCCCCAAGCGCCACCGGGAGCUAGGUGGGAUCCAAUCGGCCCAGGUGGUCUGCCCCGGCAUGGUGGUGGGCGAGGAAACCCUUUUGGAGGGCCGGGGGGUUUCGGUGGCUUCGGUGGUGAUAUCAUUUGA